UGCCUCUCGCCCGAGGUUCCUGGGCGCUUUUGGGAGCGUGGAGCCCGGCUCGAGGUGCGAGCGAGCACGGGGGCCAAGGAGCGCGGAGUGGGCGGCGGGCGGAGCUCAGCCGCCGGGCGGGCGGAGCGGGCGGGGAGCCUAGGUCUCCGCGGCUCGGGACCCGGCGGCGGGCGGCGAUGUUCCAUUGCAUCCCCCUGUGGCGGUGCAACCGUCAUGUGGAGACCAUCGACAAGCGCCACUGUUCUCUGGUCUACGUCCCCGAGGAGAUCUACCGCUACGCCCGCAGCCUGGAGGAGCUGCUGCUGGACGCCAACCAGCUCCGCGAGCUGCCGGAGCAAUUUUUCCAGCUAGUCAAGUUACGAAAGCUUGGACUUAGCGAUAACGAAAUUCAGCGGCUCCCUCCAGAAAUAGCAAACUUCAUGCAGCUGGUGGAACUUGACGUGUCCCGAAAUGAUAUUCCUGAAAUUCCAGAGAGCAUCUCAUUCUGUAAAGCACUACAGGUCGCUGACUUCAGCGGGAACCCACUGACUAGAUUGCCAGAAAGCUUUCCCGAAUUGCAGAAUUUGACAUGUCUUUCUGUAAAUGACAUCUCACUGCAGUCUCUGCCUGAAAAUAUUGGCAAGAGGAGGACGGCUGGCUGCCCUGUUUCCGUCUGCAGUCUUUAUAACCUGGCUUCACUGGAACUGAGAGAGAAUCUUCUUACGUAUCUCCCUGACUCUCUAACCCAGCUACGGAGACUAGAAGAACUUGAUCUAGGAAACAAUGAAAUAUAUAAUUUGCCAGAAUCGAUUGGCGCUCUCUUACAUCUAAAGGAUCUCUGGUUGGAUGGAAAUCAACUGUCAGAAUUACCUCAGGAAAUAGGUAAUCUGAAGAACCUGCUUUGCUUAGAUGUCUCUGAAAACAGGUUGGAAAGACUUCCCGAAGAAAUCAGUGGCCUGACUUCGUUAACGGAUUUAGUCAUUUCCCAGAACUUGUUAGAAACACUCCCGGAUGGCAUUGGAAAACUAAAGAAACUGUCAAUCUUGAAGGUGGAUCAGAACAGACUCGCCCAGUUGCCCGAGGCGGUUGGGGACUGUGAAAGCCUCACGGAAUUGGUUCUUACAGAAAACCGGCUCCUGACUUUACCUAAGAGCAUUGGAAAACUUAAGAAGUUGAGCAACUUGAAUGCAGACAGAAAUAAAUUAGUGUCUUUACCAAAAGAGAUCGGCGGGUGCAGCAGCCUCACCGUGUUCUGCGUGCGCGACAACAGGCUGACUCGGAUCCCUGCGGAGGUGUCACGGGCUGCUGAGCUGCACGUCCUGGACGUGGCAGGGAACAGGCUGUCACACCUGCCUUUAUCCCUGACCGCUUUGAAGUUGAAGGCUCUGUGGUUAUCAGACAACCAAUCCCAGCCCCUGCUCACAUUCCAGACGGACACUGACCACACCACCGGGGAGAAGAUUCUCACGUGUGUCUUACUUCCUCAGCUGCCUUCUGAACCUGCCUGCCAAGAGAACCUGCCUCGCUGUGGUGCCCUGGAGAGCUUGGUGAACGAUGUGUCCGAUGAGGCCUGGAAUGAGCGUGCAGUGAACAGAGUCAGCGCAAUCCGAUUUCUGGAAGAUGAAAAGGAUGAGGAUGAUAAUGAAACGAGAACGCUCCUGAGACGAGCCACGCCCCACCCAGGGGAGCUCAAGAACAUGAAAAAGACGGUGGAAAAUUUACGGAACGACAGGAACGCUGCUAAAGGACUGGAUUCCAACAAAAACGAGGUCAACCACACCAUUGACCGCGUGACCACGUCGGUGUAGAUGGCGCGUCCACGUCAUACCUCCCGAGUCAUCCUGCUGCGGAGCCAGCCUGUCCCUGCGUGGAGCCCCCAGAGGCCCUGGCCUCCACCGGACGCCGCACCGGUCCCCACCCACGUGUCGGGAUGCUGCGCCCCCAGGAAGUGCCUUACUCUGAUCCGGCAGCCAGUCACUGUACGCACCCGUGGUCUCCGGCCUGAUUUUUUUUUUUUUUCCCCUAAAUUUCAGUUGUUUGUAAUAAGUAGAAUACACUACUGACAACAUCUGACCUUUGUUUUUGUCUUGUGUUGGGGUCAGGGAGAGCAAGAAGGGGAAUUUUGUUCCUCCUCCCUCCCAUAAAGUGCUGGGACAUUGUGAACCCAAGUUCUCUUGGACCUACUGAUGAGAGAGAGUUUUAUGUAUGGGGGAAAAAAAUUGAUACUUUUUAAAACCCUUUUUGGCAGCUCAGAUGGUGUACAUUUAAACAUUUUGUAUAGGUAUUUCAUAACAAAAUAAUAUGUAUUUCUUUUUGUGAUUUUAUCUUGGAAACGGUACGUGCAGGAAAAAAAAAAAACAACCACCAGUCCUAAAGUAUUUGUUUUUAUUUGUACCAUCCACUUGUGCCUUACUGUAGCCUGUGUCCUGUCAAACCAGUUGUCACAAUGGCAUCUUUGAGCAGAGAGGAGGCUGGAAAGGUGGUACUUUGAAAGCAAUGUUGGAUUUUAAUCAGUAAUCUACCAGGUGGAUUUGUUUUUAACCAAAAAGAAGAGUUACCACCAAUUCGUAAAUUAUACCAGUUGAUUUUUUUUUAAGAUGAACCAAAGGAUUGGACUGCUAAUAUUUCAUUUCUUUUACAGUCUGACUUUUUCAUGAAUGAGUCUCUUAGGAUGAGUGUUGUGUCUGCUUGUACCUACUCAGAAGGUAUGUGCCAUUUGUAAAAUAAAACAGAGCAGAAAAGCACAAAAAGAAAAAACCGGCUCAGAAAUUCAGUGGGGAAAUGCAUUAUGUACUAUUAAAGAAAGUAUGGUUUUUACUGAAGAAAGCUUUAAAAGUUUUAUAUCGAGAUAUAAAACCACAAUAAAGCAGAAUAACCUACAACCCCAUUAGAAACGUUGCUGUCUUUAUAAGUGCAAUUUAAUUUGUAAAUAGAGUUUGGAUCAAAGUAUAACAAAAUAUUGCUUCAAGUUUUAAUUUUAAGUCUGCUAAUUUAAGGGGUCUGGGGGUAUGUUUUGGUGUGUUUCUGUUGGUUUCUUUUUUAAAAUUUUGUAUGAUGUGAUAAAAGAGGAAUGAAAAGAAGACACAGCCUGUCCCUGUGUGGUGUUUAGGAAAAUCAUGCUGUUGGUGUUAUCUUUUUAUUCUUUCCAUGAAAUAAAGUCACCCUGGACAUGA